AAAAAUAAAAAAAGCAAUAUGUGUGGUCACGCGCUAUAUGGCGUGUUACCAUAGCAUAGCAGCGAUUUCAGUCUUAGCGGUAAGAGGAGGAGGAGUGGCUAUCCAUGGUUGGAAUUUGAAACACAAUCAUAUCAAAUGGUUUUAUCUCUAAACCCCAUCAUCACCUUCUCCUCAACAACGAAGUUGGAAACAAAGUAUCAUGAUGCAUCCAGGUACCCAAAGGUCACUCAGAUUACGCCCUUUUCGGUAACGUCUCGAACGAGAAUGUUCGUCAAGGAGAAAAGAACCGGUCGCUGUUUUUCAGUUGCAAAUAGUGAUCAGCUUUCAGCAAAUGCUAGCAAUAAGGAUACUGGCAGUGCUGCAAAUGAUCAGUUACCGUCCAUGAAUCCUCCGGUUGAGUCAGAAUCACAGACACCGAAGGGUUCCAAUGGGUCAUUAGGAUCUGCAGCAUCUCCUAAUUCACAAUCUGUAACCACACGAUCGUCUCAGAAAUUGAGAGAGAGGAUAAAAGCGGCUCGGGUUCUCAACCAGUCAAAGGAACCGAAAGCGUCUAAGUCAGAUAAGGGCAAGUCAGAUAUGGGCAGUAGUGUGUUGGCUGCUUUUAGAGAGGACGAUAAAGGGAAGAAGAAGAGAAGAUCUGGACUUCCAGAAGCUCCUGGUAAUUUGUUUGAUGAUAGCAAACGAGGGAUGCCGAAGGCAGGUUUGACUUUUGAUUUUCCCGGAGGUUCUGAUCUCUUUUUCAUUAUCUUUUCAUUUGUUUUUAUCAGCACAGUGAUGUUUGGAACAACUUACAUUGUGUGGAAACUUGGUGCAAUCCAUUUCAAUGACUCCUGAGAUGAGAUUUCAAGAAUUCACACUUCACCAGAUAUAUAGAAUAGCUUAUUUAUAAUAUUUUGACAAGCUUCAGCUUCUAUAAACUUCAUGACUUGCUGUUGAUGUUCA